UUGCUCAGCCACUCAACACUUCUGUCUAUCAAUCUGUCUUCUCAUCAACUUUUCUCCUCCCAGCACCACCUUGUCCAUCCAUCCUCUUCCCCAAAUCGCCCCAUCCCAUCCAUCCCCAUUUGCUCCUCUUCAGCUAGUCCGAUUCCUCUUACCCGUGCCAAGGACCCUGCGAUUUCUAUUGCACGAUACCCGAUCUGGCUCAUCUGGCAAGGCUGUUUCGACGUCUUUUUAAGCAGCAUCUAAGCUCGCAUUAACCUCAUACCAUCCGCUUACCCAUACAUGCUUAGCCGCUCAGAAUGCCUCUGAGGCUGAAGCCAGGCUAUCCUCACUCAUCCUCGUCACAUCAUUUCUUUGGGUCUUCAUCGUCCUCUUCAUCUGCUCACCGCUCCUAUACAGAUGGCCGCGACCAGUCGGCUGGCUACCAGCCCAAGGCACGUGUGACGGAGCGUUAUCGCAUCAUCGGUUUCAUUAGCAGCGGCACCUAUGGCCGUGUUUACAAAGCCGUCGGCAGGACUGUCAACGGGGAGGGCAUUGCUGUUGUCAAGACUUCCAGCGGCCUCACGCCAACAUCCGGCUCCGGCUCCGGCUCGAGCGCUCCCAUCGAAGUUGCCAUCAAAAAGUUCAAACCCGAUAAGGAGGGUGAGCAAGUCAGUUACACCGGCAUCUCUCAAAGCGCCAUCCGCGAGAUGAGCCUGUGCAGCGAGCUCCGGCACGCAAACGUCAUCCGGCUUGUGGAGAUUAUCCUCGAGGACAAAUGCAUCUUCAUGGUCUUUGAAUAUGCCGAACACGACCUGCUGCAAAUCAUCCACCACCACACGCAGCAGCCGCGCCACCCGAUACCGCCGGCCACGGUCAAGAGCAUCAUGUUCCAGCUCCUCAACGGCUGCCAGUAUCUUCACACCAACUGGGUCCUGCACCGCGACCUCAAGCCCGCCAACAUCAUGGUCACGUCGGGCGGAGAGGUCAAGAUUGGAGACUUGGGCCUGGCCCGUCGCUUCGACAAGCCGCUGCACUCGCUCUUCAGCGGCGAUAAGGUCGUCGUCACCAUUUGGUAUCGCGCGCCGGAGCUCAUCCUCGGAUCGUAUCACUACACUCCGGCCAUCGACAUGUGGGCCGUGGGCUGCAUCUUUGCGGAGCUGCUGUCCCUGCGUCCCAUCUUCAAGGGUGAGGAGGCAAAGAUGGACAGCAAGAAGACGGUGCCGUUCCAGAGAAACCAGAUGCACAAGAUUGCCGAGAUCAUGGGCAUGCCAACAAAAGAGCGGUGGCCCCUGCUUCCGGCCAUGCCCGAGUACAUGCAGCUCAACACGCUCUCGGCGAUGCAGCACAGCAGCCAUAGCAGCCAUCAUCAUGGCCACCACCAGCAGCCGCCCAGCCGCGGCUACUCCACGACGUCGAGCCUCGAGAAGUGGUACUACAGCACCAUCAACAACAACUCGGGCGCCGGCUCCGCCGCGUCGGGGCCUAACGGCCAGCCGGCGCUGCAGUCCCUCGGCGCUGAAGGCUACAAGCUGCUCGCCGGCCUGCUCGAGUACGACCCGGAGAAGCGCCUGACGGCCGCCCAGGCGCUGCAGUCUGUCUUCUUCAGCACGGGCGACCGCGUGAGCGCAAACUGCUUCGAGGGUGUCAAGGUCGAGUACCCCCACCGCCGCGUCAGCCAGGACGACAACGACAUUCGCACCAGCAGCCUGCCGGGGACUAAGCGUAGUGGACUCCCGGACGACACGCUGUUGCGGCCGGCCAAGCGUAUGAAGGACUAGAUAUGUCAUGGCGUUUU